AUGGAGAUCUACGAGUUAACAAGGAUGGUGUCUCCAAUUAAGCCAGUGGAUGAUGAGUGGAGCUUGUCGGAUUUGGAUAAGGUUAAAGUCAUUGGAGAAGGAAGCAAUGGAGUUAUACAAUUGGUUCAACACAAAUUCACUGGCCAAUUUUUCGCCUUGAAGGUGAUUAAACUAAGUAUAGAUCGAGCAAUUCGUAAGUCAAUUGCACAAGAGCUGAAAAUAAAUCAAUCAUCACAAUGUCCAUAUCUUGUUACAUGGUACAAAUCAUUUUAUGACGAUGUCGGCGCAAUCUCGGUAAUCUCCGACUACAUGGACGGUGGUUCUCUAGCGGAUUUUCUCAAAUCAGUUAAAACCAUCCCUGAGUCAUAUCUUUCUGCUAUCUUUAAACAAGUGCUUCAGGGAUUGAUCUAUCUUCAUCACGAUAAGCAUAUCAUUCACCGUGACUUGAAACCAUCCCAUCUUUUGAUCAACCACAGAGGAGAGGUUAAAAUCACUGGCUUUGGUGUCAGUAAAGUUAUGACAAACACCGCCGGAUUAGCUAACACAUUUGUCGGGACUUGCAAUUAUAUGUCGCCAGAAAGAAUCGUUGCAGUUGGAAACAAGUACGGUACUAAAAGCGAUAUAUGGAGUCUUGGUUUAGUAGUGCUUGAAUGUGCAACAGGAAAGUUCCCUUAUGCACCACUUGGUCAAGAUGAAACAUGGACUAGUGUUUUCGACUUGAUGGAAGCUAUUGUUGACCAACCGCCACCUGCUCUUCCUUCAGGAGAUUUCUCCCCUGAGUUAUCUUCAUUCAUCUCCUCAUGUUUGCAAAAGGACCCGAAAAGACGGAGCUCAGCAAAGGAACUAAUGGAACAUCCAUUCUUGAGUAAAUACAACGACUUGGAGAUCAGUCUUGCGUCCUACUUCACAAAUGCAGGAUCGUCGCUUAUUUCAGGUUCAGUUGAUAUUUUCAACAGCAAGAAAGUUGCUUCCUUGGCAAAUGCACCGAUACAAGGUAAAACUCCACUGGUUGCUCACUUCCAGAACUUGAGCUUAAUGGACGAAGACGGGCAAAGCCCCCCUAUUAUCGUUGAUGAAAUGGCUUCUUAUCCGACCACGAAAGAGAAGACUGGAGAAGCAGAAUGCAUAUUAGUCUUUUCGUGCAAUGACAACCUUGAUGUAGAGGAAACAUCUUUCAUCGAAUCCAUCUUGAAAGAGUUGCACGCGAGAGAGGUCACUCCUUUGACAUAUAGUCUAUCAGGGAGGGAGAACAUGGACGAGGAUAUGCUCGGCAAAUCUAGUGUUGGUAUUUUGGUACUUUCGGAUAGUAGUUUUGCUCGUAGUAGUCAAUCCUUGGAUCAUUUGGUGGCAAUCAUGGAGCAUGGGAAAGCAACAAACCAUGAAAUUAUUCCUAUAUAUUUUAAAGUAACUCAUGCAGACCUUUGUGGGUUCGAAGCAGCAUUUCUGCAGUAUCAGAACUCUGUCCAAGCAGAUAGAGUUCAGAAAUGGAAGACGACUAUGACUGAAAUAGCGUCCAUCAAUGGACAUGAAUGGACAAAAGGAACUCAGUUCAUGGUUACCGAGGAAGUUGUUCGAGACGCAUGUUUAAGGCUAUAUUUGAAAAACAGCAAGAAUGUGGCCAGAGUCUUAGCAUUUUUGAAUCACUCACAGUCGCCUUCAGAAGCGGAAAUUGUUGGACUCUGGGGUAUGGCAGGAAUAGGUAAGACAUGUAUUGCUAGAGAAAUUUUUGGAAGACUAGCUCCACAAUAUGAUCUGACCUACUUUAUACAAGACUUUGAUCUAUUGUGUAAAGAGAAAGGCGUGAGGCAAAUGCGUGAUGAUUUCUUCUCUAAAAUAUUUAGGGAAGAAAAACCGAGUAUAAGUGCUUGUGACAUCAAACCGAGUUUCAUGAGAGACUGGUUCCACAGUAAAACGAUACUUGUAGUUCUCGAUGACGUGAACUGUUCCAGAGAUGUAGAAGCUGUAGUUGGAGGGUUUGGUUGGUUUUCUCAUGGACACAGAAUCAUCUUAACCUCUAGGAGAAAACAGGUUCUUGUAAAGUGUAAAGUUAAAGAGCCAUACGAGAUCCAAAAACUAUGUGAGUUUGAAUCUUUCCGUCUCUGCAAACAAUACUUAAAUGGAGAAAUUUGGUUCAUCUCGAAGCUUAUGAGCUGCACUAGUGGUAUUCCAUUGGCUAUCAAUGUUUUUGGUUCCUCUGUAUCAAAGCAGAAUAUAAACAAUAUGAAGUUUCAUCUCAUAAGCUUGCGGAGAGAUCCUCCACCUCGGAUUCAAGAAUCAUUUCGGAGAAGCUUUGAUGGAUUAGAUGAAAACGAAAAGAACAUAUUUUUAGACCUUGCAUGUUUUUUCAGAGGUGAAAACAUGGAUCAUGUAGUACAAUUACUUGAUGCUUGCGGUUUUUUCACGUAUUUAGGAAUUUGUGAUCUCAUCGAUGAGUCUCUCAUUAGCCUCAUGGACAAUAGGAUAGAGAUACCAGUUCCUUUUCAAGACAUUGGUCGGUUUAUUGUUUGUGAAGAAGACGAGAAUCCAUGUGAACGUAGCAGAUUGUGGGACUCUAACGACAUUGUUGAUGUAUUGACAAACAAUUCAGGAACAGAAGCAAUCGAGGGAAUCUUCUUGGAUGCAUCUGACUUAACCUUUGAACUGAGUCCUACAGUGUUUAGUAACAUGUAUAGACUUAGAUUGUUGAAGUUUCAUUCUGGAAAUGAGUGCAAGCUAAGUCUACCUCAUGGCCUUGAUACUUUGCCCGAAGAGCUAAGGCUACUUCACUGGGAGAAUUACCCUCUGAAAUACUUGCCUCACAAGUUUAAUCCUGAGAACCUUGUAGAGGUAAACAUGCCUUAUAGCAACAUGGAGAAGUUAUGGGAAGGGAAGAAAAAUCUCGAGAAGCUAAAGAAAAUCAAAUUGAGUCACUCGAGAAAAUUAACUGAUAUCUUGAUGUUAUCAGAAGCCUUGAACCUUGAAGAUAUCGAUCUCGAGGGAUGUACUAGUUUGGUUGACGUUAGUACAUCUAUUCCUCGUUGUGGGAAGCUUGUGUCCUUGAACAUGAAAGACUGUUCUCGUUUGGGAUGUUUACCUGCCAUGGUUGAUUUGACAUCUCUCAAGCUUCUUAAUCUGUCUGGCUGCUCAGAGCUCCAUGAGAUUCAAGAUUUUGCACCAAACUUGAAAGAGUUAUAUCUAGCUGGGACCGCCAUAAAAGAACUUCCAUUGUCAAUCGAGAAUCUCACUAAACUUGGUACGCUUGAUUUGGAAAACUGUAGAAGGCUUAAGAAACUGCCAUUAGGAAUAAAGAACUCGUGCUCUAUUCUCGAGCUUAAGCUGUCUGGCUGCACUACUCUUGAGCGUUAG